CUUCCCUUCCCAGUAUCUUUUAGAAAGAGAGAGAGAUGAAGAAAGAAGAGAGUGUAACAGUAAGUGAAUAUGAAGAUGAAGAAGAUGAUGAUGAUGACUACAUAGACAUGGAGCUGAGCUCAUCCUCAGACAGCAGAGAAUUCGAGUUCCAAAUGUCCGGCGCCGCCACCCUUACUCAAACAGCCGACCACCUCUUCCACAAAGGCAGACUCCUCCCCCUCUACCUCAUCCCCGCCGCCGCCGAUAUCUCCCCAUCGGAAUCGUGCCGAGCGAGCUGCGACCUCAGCUCCGACGACUUCUUCUUCGAAUGGUCAAGCAACCUCAUCAACCACAACCACCACCCCACCAAAAUCUCGUGGCCCAAGAAGCUCAAGCACUCCCUCAAAGCCUACCUCAAAUCGCUCUUCGUCAAAUCCGCCAAGUCCCAAGAAAUCAAUGCCACUGCAAUCGACGACGACACUGCGCAGCAGAGGAGGUCGUUUUCGAGCGCCAUCAAGUGGCAUUCACCGACAAAGUGUCUGUCGUCGUCUUCCUCGAAUUCAUCAUCAGCCUCAUCUUUCUCGCUCAACUCCAACGACCUGCAGAGGAGCAGCAGCGCCACUGAAGCCGAGGGCUCCAUUGAAGCCGCCAUAGCUUAUUGCAAGAAAUCUCAACUGAUUUCUUAACUAUUGCAAUUUCCAGAUUAUAUAUAUGCUGUAUGAAAUAGUUUAGACCACGAUUUAUGAAUUUGACUGUACAUCUAUAUUUUGUGUGAUUACUAUGGUUAUAUAAUAAAGUAUAUGACCCAA